UCGCAGCUCGGACGCAAAAGUUUUCCAGAUGGAAAUCGCGAUGCAGUAAGCUAGAUCGAUCGUCGUGCACGUAGCCCACCCAACCAUGUCGCCGCCGGCUUCUUCUCCGCUCCCUGCAUCCUUCAGCUGCAACAUUAACCGCUGCUUCUUUGCAAGAUCGUAUUGCAGCUUCUUCCUCUGCCCUGUUGUUGAGAACAAUGGCUGGCACGCGAGGUGGCGAGGCCGCCGAGGCUUUCAUCAUCGGAGAAUUCGACCGGUGGAAGAAAGAGGGGGUCGGCGCCGGUGACGAGGCCGUGGCGGCGGUCAUGGCGCUCGUUGGCCUUGCCCGGUCCAGCAUGGCCGAUACAGUGGCGGCGCUCGAAGCCGAGGUCAAUACGGCCGUGGAGGAACUAAAGUGCCUGGACAAAACGUACGGCUCUCUCUCGGCGGCAUGCGACAUGUUCGUCCGGUACGUCCUCACCCGUCGGCGCGUAGAGGGCGACGACCAAACCGCCCCCUUCUCUGUCGUCAAGCGCCGCCUCGUCAGCCGCGCCAGGAGAUUUGGGGACAUCUGUGGAGGCGCACGCAGGACGAUCGCGACGCUCUGCCAGGAUUUCUUGCUGGACGGCUGCACCGUGCUGGUGCACGGCCACUCGGCGGCCGUGCUCGACGCCCUCAAGAUGGCCGGCGCCAGCGGCAAGCGCCUAAAAGUUCUAUGCACCGAGGGUAGGCCAGAUGGCUCGGGGAUGAGGAUGGCCGGGGAACUCGCGGCGGCGGGGAUUCCGGCGAAGGUGCUGCUCGACUUGGCGGUGGCCUACGCGAUGAGUGAGGUUGACUUGGUGCUGGUAGGCGCCGACGUGGUCACCGAGACCGGCGGCGUGGUGGGCGCCGUGGGCACGUACCAGGUCGCCAUCGUGGCUCGCUCCAUGAGCAGGCCCAUCUAUGUGGCAGCCGAGAGCUACAAGUUCGCGAGGCUGUACCCGCUGGGGCAGAAGGACAUCGAGCAUGGCCCUGGACGACCCGUGGGCUUCGGCGGCCAACUGGUACCGUGUGGCGUGGACGUCGAGACGGCGGUGAGGGACUACACCCCACCACAGCACCUGGAGCUUCUCAUCACUGACCUAGGCGUGCUUCCACCGCCCGCCGUUGGCGACGUGCUCCUCCAGCUCUCGGUGUGAUCGCGAUUGAAAGCCACCUUUGUUUUUCUUUUUCGGAUUUUCUGCUAGAUGAUAAGCUUGUUUGGACAAAGUUGCUCUCCGGGAAGCGUGUGACAAGUUGUAGUUAAAAUCCGCGUUGCAACUCAUCAUACUAUCACGACUCACAAAGCAAAUCUAACAUCUAGGAACAUUCUUUAGUUGCAUCUUCGGCUCAACGUCUAGUCAUGCACGAUGCCUGACCGGGCGGUAUUGUUGUGCGCCACUGGCCACUGCACCCGUCCUUAGUAGCAUCCUGUAAAAUACAUCAUCAAAACGCAAGUAUAGAUUAUCUGGUUUAGUUUUCUCUUUU